CCUUCUUCUUAUCUGGUUUUGCCAUAUAUGUUUAUUAAAUAAAUAUUCCUUUACCUUUCCCUUUGAACCAAAAAAAAAGGGGUGGGGGGGGGGCAAAGCAAAGCAGACAAUUUUGCCUCGUUCUAUUACCAGUCUACCUAGACCCAAAAACCAAGACCCCACUUUACUGUUUAUUCCAUCUUUUCUAGGAUGUUCCCUCUCUUAUAUAUAGCCGCCUGACAUUCCCGACCUGUUUCAUCCAUAAUUCCGCUCCUUUGAUUGUUUCGAAUCCACUCUUUCUUUCACUUUCUUCCUCUUGUUCUAAUAUUUUCUACAUCAAUCACUCAUCACUAAUUUCCAGUCUAGACUUGUUGCAUACAUACAUACAUACAUAUAUAUAUAUAUAUGGAGAGUGUUGAAUUGAAGGUGGAGAUGGUUGGUAUACAUGAGAAGAGGCUCAGGAAAUGCCUAUCAAAAUUAAAAGGGAUAGAAAAAGUGGAAGUGGAUGCAAACAGUCAGAAAGUAGUGGUAACAGGUUAUGCCCACAGGAACAAAAUACUGAAAGCAAUAAGAAGAGGGGGUUUGAAAGCUGAUUUCUGGUCUGCCCAAAACGAGCUCCUCCAUGCUUAUGCCAGUGCCAGUUAUGGAAGCUUGAGAUUCAGCAACUUCAACAACUUCUUCUAGAAGUUUCUUUAACUCAACCCCUCAACCCUUAUCCCUGUCCCUUGUGUGUUUGUGAUUUUCCAUAUUAUUAUUAUUUUUUUGAUAUAUUUUUAUUUUUUAAUGCCCCUUUUCCCCUUUUCUUUUACAAAAGGAAUUGCCACAUGUUAAAUUGAAUUGAUGAUACAUAGAGUGAAACAAAAGGAUCUAAGUUUUUGCA